AUGGAAGGUGCCCAUGACGGCAGAAGUGGGGUUCUUAACAUUGAUGUUACUUUUUGCCAGGCGAGUUGCAAUGCUUGGGAAUAUCUACGUCUCUGUAAUGCUGUUAAGGGACUCGGCGUUCAUGUGAAACCUGCUGUAUCAACACUUGAGACUUCGGUCAUUUGUGUGCUAUGUGGUCUGAAUCAUUCUUCUGUGAUCAUCACAAAACUGGCAGAGUGGGAGGACAAGGAAGAAGGAAAAGAAAUAACUCAGCAGUGGGAAGAUGAUUGGGAUGAUGAUGAUGUCAAUGAUGACUUCUCUCUACAGCUGAGGAGGGAACUGGAGAACCAUACUGACGAGCUGAGCUAAGUCUAGAUAUUACUCAUUGAUGCACUGUUCCCAAAGAACUUUGCAUCAUUGCUUUGUUUUUUUCGAACUCAUUAUGGUUAUAUGAUCAUAUAGGAUAUAUUCACUUUAAAAAAGAUUUCAUGAGCUUUUAUGUGACUUGAGAAUUCGUUGAGAAACUUGCACUUUGUGGUUUAUUGUAGUGGUCUUCAUUUGAGGUCUAUUUUUUGAAUUAUUAUUGUAGCCUCGAUGGGGAAACAGUGGGUGUGAUUUGUUUUACGGAUGAUGUUCACGAUGUGAAACUUUGAAAACAGCCUCUACGUGUGUAAGCGAUGAGACCGCGCACGUGUAAUCCUCUCCAAACCCACAGUGGUGAAAGCGUCGUGUAUUGGACUGCCUUUCAUAAUGUGGAAUUGUAGUUA